GUUAUACACGUGGGCAUUCAAAGGUUUCAUUAGUAUUAUUUGUAAAAUAAUCAACGGUUCUGAGUAUCGGACGCUUUAAAUUAAUUAUUGCAGAGAGGUUACCUGCAUUAUUGGAGUAUUGAAGUUUUACUUAAAUAAUGAAAAUAAAAAGUACAAAAGGUGUUAUCAAGAAGUCAAAGAAGCCUGGGACGAAGAAAAAGAAACACUUAAGUAAAAUAACAACAGAUGAUUUUUUCAAUCAAGACUUUGAAACUGAUGUAAACGUUAAUGAUAAUAACGAUGAAGUUGAAGAAAGUAUCCAUAAUGAUGAUCCAGAGAGCAGUGACGAAGACGUUGAUCCAAUACAACAUAAGAAAUCCUUAAUGAAAUUAAAACAGACAGAUCCAGAAUUUUAUUCGUAUUUAAAGGAAAACGAUAAAAGUCUUUUAGAAUUUAACAUAUCUGAUGAUGAUAAUAAUGAUAUUGAUGAUGGUAAUGAAACAGAAAGGAGACAUAUACCAAACACCGAUUUGGAGGUUGCUAGUGAUGAGAGUGAUUAUGAGGUAGAUGAAGAGAGUAGCGCAGUACAAAAUGAAAGAAUAAUUACACUGCAAUUGUUAAAGAGCUGGCAAGAAGAAAUUCAGAAGGACAGAUCGUUGAAAACUGUUAAAUGUAUCAUAGAAGCUUUCCAUGCUGCAUUAGAAACAGUGGCAGAAUCUCCUAAUCCAGAACCACUGCGGUAUAAAGUAGAGGGUGGUGUAGUGUUCAACGGAGUUGUCCAAUUAUGUAUACUACAUUUGCCCAAUACAUUUAAACGAUUUUUAAACUUGGGUUCUGAAACUCAGUUUCAACCUCAUAAGUGUAAAAGGUUUGGUAAAGUUAAGGGUAUUUUGAAGUCAUAUCUAACCGAUUUAAUUAAGAUUUUACAAAAUGUAACAUCAUCGAAUAUACUCACAGUGCUUUUAAAACAUUUGCACCAAAUGUUACCUUACACACAAUCGUUUUCAUCACUGACUAAACCGUUAUUAAAAAUUUUACUGAAUAUUUGGUCAACUGCAGAAGAAACAGUUCGUGUUGUUGCUUUUUUAAGUAUAUUACGUAUAGCAACUACUAAUAAGGAAUCGGUUUUAGACAUGUUAUUCAAGGCAAUGUAUGUAAAAUAUGUUGAAAAUUCAAAAUUUGUAUCUUUUACAACAUUACCCGGAAUUAACUUUAUGAGGCAUUCUUUGACGGAAAUAUAUUUGCUGGAUACUAAUCUAGCUUAUAAUCAUGCCUUUUUAUAUAUUAGGCAAUUAGCUAUUCAUUUAAGGAACGCUAUAACUUUGAAGAAGAAGGAAAAUUUCCAAGCUGUAUACAAUUGGCAAUUCAUAAAUUCAUUGCGGUUUUGGUCGGAAUUAAUUGAACAGUCAAACAGUGAUUCCGUGUUACGUUCCCUUUUAUAUCCUCUUGUCCAAAUUAUUGUAGGUACAAUAAAAGUAAUACCAACUCCUCAAUACUAUCCCUUGAGAUUUCAUUGUCUACAAAUGUUAACAGAUAUUUCGAAAGAAACUGGAACAUUUAUACCUACAUUACCAUUCUUAUUAGAGAUAUUAACUUCUUAUGAUUUCAAUAAGAAACACAAGGCAGUUUCAAUGAAACCAGUACCUUUUAUUUGUAUAUUAAGACUGUCAAAGUCACAAUUACAAGAAAACGGUUUCAAGGAUAAUGUUAUUGAUUCCAUAUAUAAACUUAUUUUGGAAAAUGCCGCAAAGGAUAGUCAUACAAUAUACUUUCCAGAUUUAUAUGUACCAUGCAUAAUGCAAAUAAAAGCAUUUUUGAAAAAAUGCCGUAUUGCGAACUACUGUAGAAAAAUGAAGCAGUUGUUAGAAAAAAUUGACGAGAACAGAAAAUAUAUUGAAACAGAACGUAAGAAAACAGUAAUUGAUUUAAAAAAUAUGUCAGAAAUAAAGAAUUGGGAAAACGGAAUAAAAAUGCAAGGAACAUCAAUAUCAAAGUUCUAUGAAUCAUGGAUAAAGAUUUAUCAAUCACAAAAACUCAAAAUGCUUACAAAGAAUGACGCCAUAGCGGAAUAUAAUUUACCAACUUUAAAGAAAUUGAAGAAACGGAAAUCAAACGAAGAAAGUGCAGAAGAAAGCGACGAAGAGAGUGAUUUUGAACUGCGGAUAAAGUCGAAUGAGGACAAACCUGAGGUGCCUACUAAAACGAAAAAGAAGAAAAAGAAGAUUAAUAAAGUUGUUCCCACGAACAACAUUGAUUUACCAACAGAGAUGACAGAUAUUGUUCAAGAUAUAAAUAGUGAUGAUUGGGAUUAAA